GAAAUACGGUCUAAGGUGUCUUAUAUCAGUGAGAGCUUCCAACACUUUGAAAUUCAUUUCUUCUUCUCCACCAUUCCACAUACCCACAAAAUGAAACUCCACAGCUUGCUUCUCAUAAACCUCAUCUACGUUACUGUCAUGCUGGUAGGAGUUGAGUCCACUCAAUCUCCUCCGUUCUCCUGUGAUUCCUCUAACCCAUCAACCAAAUCAUACCACUUCUGCAAAACCACAUUGCCCAUACCUGACAGGGUCCGUGACCUGGUGUCUCGUCUCACAUUGGACGAGAAAAUCUCCCAGCUUGUUAACUCCGCCCCGGCCAUUCCACGCUUGGGUAUCCCCGCUUACGAAUGGUGGUCGGAAGCGUUACACGGAGUGGCCGAUGCUGGACCGGGCAUCAGGUUCAACGGCACCAUUCGUUCCGCCACCAGCUUCCCUCAAGUCAUCCUCACUGCUGCCUCCUUCGAUGUUCAUCUCUGGUACCGCAUCGGACGGGCGAUCGGAGUGGAAGCUAGAGCUGUGUACAAUGCGGGACAAACUAAGGGUAUGACAUUCUGGGCACCAAAUAUAAACAUAUUCAGGGACCCCAGAUGGGGAAGAGGUCAAGAGACCCCCGGCGAAGAUCCACUGGUCACGGGAAGCUAUGCAGUGUCCUACGUCAGAGGGGUUCAAGGGGAUUGUCUUCGAGGACUGAAACGGUGUGGUGAGCUUCAGGCUUCGGCUUGUUGCAAACACUUCACCGCCUAUGAUUUGGACGACUGGAAGGGCAUCGAUAGAUUUAAGUUUGACGCCCGUGUGACAAUGCAAGAUUUGGCAGAUACAUACCAACCACCAUUCCACAGAUGCAUAGAGGAAGGGAGGGCGAGUGGGAUAAUGUGUGCUUACAACCGAGUGAAUGGAGUCCCAAGCUGUGCCGAUUUCAAUCUCUUGACCAAUACUGCCAGGAAAAGAUGGAACUUCCAAGGGUACAUCACGUCCGACUGUGAUGCUGUGUCCCUCAUUCAUGAUUCUUAUGGAUAUGCCAAAACACCCGAGGAUGCAGUUGUGGAUGUUCUUAAGGCUGGCAUGGACGUAAACUGUGGUACCUACUUGCUGAAUCAUACGAAAUCAGCAGUUAUGCAGAAAAAACUGCCUGAAUCUGAAAUAGACAGAGCCCUUGAGAAUCUCUUCGCUGUGAGAAUGAGGUUAGGUCUUUUCAAUGGCAAUCCCAAGGGACAACCUUACGGUGACAUCGGUCCAAACCAAGUGUGCUCGGUGGAGCAUCAGACUCUGGCCCUGGAUGCUGCUCGGGAUGGCAUUGUCCUUCUAAAGAACUCUCAGAGGCUCCUUCCACUUCCCAAACGAAAAACCAUGUCCCUCGCUGUAAUAGGCCCAAAUGCCAAUUCCCCAAAAACGCUAAUUGGAAAUUAUGCAGGGCCUCCCUGUAAAUUCAUUACACCAUUGCAAGCACUGCAGAGCUAUGUUAAGAGCACAAAGUAUCACCCAGGUUGCGAUGCGGUUGCAUGCUCUUCCCCAUCAAUAGAAAAGGCAGUGGAGAUAGCCCAAAAAGCUGAUUAUGUGAUUCUGGUUGUGGGAUUGGAUCAAACUCAAGAGAGGGAGGCCCAUGAUCGUUUGGACUUGGUGCUCCCAGGAAAGCAACAGCAACUCAUCAUCCGUGUUGCGAACGCUGCAAAGAAGCCAGUUGUGUUGGUGCUUCUUAGCGGAGGCCCUGUGGAUGUAUCUUUUGCCAAAUACAGCAACAACAUUGGAAGCAUCUUGUGGGCUGGUUAUCCAGGCGGAGCUGGUGGGGCUGCAAUUGCAGAAACCAUCUUCGGUGACCAUAACCCAGGGGGGAGAUUGCCGGUUACUUGGUAUCCACAAGAUUUUACUAAAAUACCAAUGACAGACAUGAGGAUGCGGCCUGAAUCAAAUUCAGGCUAUCCUGGGCGCACUUACAGAUUCUACACAGGGGAAAAGGUUUUUGAAUUUGGCUAUGGCCUCAGCUACUCAACCUAUUCUUAUGAGACCAUCCCUGUCACCCGCAAUAAGCUCUAUUUCAAUCAGUCCUCAACUGCUCACGUGUAUGAGAACACAGAUUCCAUCCGUUACACCUCAGUUGCAGAGCUGGGGAAAGAGUUAUGUGAUUCCAACAACAUAUCGAUCUCCAUUAGAGUCAGAAAUGACGGAGAGAUGUCGGGUAAACAUUCGGUGUUGCUAUUUGUAAGGCGUUUGAAGGCCAGUGCUGGGAGUCCCAUAAAACAGCUGGUUGCAUUCCAGAGUGUGCAUCUGAAUGCAGGGGAAAGCGCUGAUGUUGGGUUUUUGUUGAACCCUUGUGAGCACUUCAGCGGACCCAACAAAGAUGGGCUGAUGGUGAUAGAAGAAGGGACUCAUUUCUUGGUUGUAGGAGAUCAGGAACAUCCAGUUACCGUUGUAGUUUGAUCUAUACAAAGGAUGGUUCCUCCUUUGUAUGCCUCAUAAGACAGGCUCUGCCAGUCAUCGAUUUUAAAAUUGAUGUUUUCCUAAGCCUACGUAUAUCAAACAAAAUCUUAAAUAUGGUAAGGCCAACGUUUGACCAAA